CUGUGCGCAUGCUCGCAGGUUUUACAUUAUUAGAAGCCUAUACAGAAGCGUGUACCUAUUCGUUAAUGGGGAGUCGUCAUCUGGUUAAGUAGACAUCGAAGUGUUUUUGUGGCACGUCUGUGUCAGUGUUUGCUGGAUAAAGACCGGCAGCAUUUAUGUACUGAUAGAUAUUCAAGUUACCGUAAAGCUGUUUGCGUGUCGCUGGAAGAAGGGACGAUGUCGGCAAAUAAAACAAAGAAGGUCAAAAUGGCUACUAAAUCUUGUCCUGAAUGCGACCAACAGAUUCCAGUGGCGUGCAAGUCCUGUCCAUGUGGUUAUGUGUUUAUUAGCAGGAAACUCCUUAAUGCAAAGUUAAAUGAGCGCUCUUCACCAGCCAUAGCAGACAAGCUGGACUUUAGGCGGAGGAGGACUGAGCGCAUUCGCAGAGAGAGAAUUGAGUGCCCUCUAACCAAUGACAUGGAGAACAGGAGGAGGCCCCGGGCUAACAGCCAAUCAGAUCCCAUACGAAGAGGACGAGGCAGACCAAAAACAGUGGGGCUGAAGAAACAGGAAGAGGAGAAAGAGAAACAGGAGAAGGAGGUGGAUAUCUAUGCGAGUCUCUCUGAUGAGAAGGCCUUUGUGUUUUCUGUGGCAUUGGCUGAGAUCAACCGCAAGAUCCUGGCACAGAGACUUAUCUUGUGAAUCAAAUCCAAAGUAACUGAGAAAACGGAUGACCAAAGAGACAAGAGACCUCUCUGGAGCUGAACUUUAACCUGGCUGUAUUUCACUUGGAUUACGAGACAAAAUUCAUAAAACUGCAAAGUCUUAUCUCUUCGUGGCGAGAAGGGUUUGUGUUGGAAUAUCAGUUGUAAGAACCAUGGAUCAGAAGAAUUUUCCAUGAAAUCAAAGAGAGGAGGAGCUUAUAGAAAUAUGUUAUCGUAUUCAAAAUAAAUGGACUGUUAUGAAACAAUCUUUACUGGAAUGACCAUGAAAAGACGACACAUUUGCAUACACGAGAUUUAAAACAAACUGUCAGUAAUUAGUGCUUUGCACAGUGCUCACCAUAUUUUAUAUAAUUUUAGGCAUCUUAUGUAGCCAUGCUUCACAUGAAUUUCACAAUGCCUACAAUGUGGAUGGACUAAAAAUUGCAGUCACCUCACCCCAGUGCUCAGCUCUCCUGGAAUCAUCCAGGAAGGUGGAUGUUUCUGAGGCAGAGACGUAGCACUAAUGUUGCUUUUCAAAUUUGUCCAACUUUGAUUCCUUCUGUUCUUUUUUGAUUGCUAUUGGUGGAAUGGCUUUUAAUGUCCACAGUGAAGCAUAAAUCUGUUUGAUUACUUUAUAAAAAUGUAUUAAAGACAGUCAACCCAAACAUUUGA